UACAGGGUCCUGUAAUGAACCGCUGGGAAUGGAAUCCGGAGCAAUUCCGGAUGACGCCAUCAGCGCAAGCUCAUCCUAUGUACCAAACGUUGGACCAAGGAAUGGCAGAUUGCGGGUUGAGAAAGCUGGGGGUGGUUGGUGUCCAAAACAGCAGGUGGAAAGAGGGAUUAGAGAGUACAUCCAAGUAGACCUUGGGUCGGUUCACGUGGUAACCGGGGUCCAAACGCAGGGUCGUUACGAUAGGGGUCGAGGUCAGGAGUACGCGGAAGAGUACACGGUGGAGUACUGGAGGCCGGAGUUUGGAGAUCAGUGGAAAGAGUACAAACGUUGGGAUGGAAAACAGAUUCUUCGUGGUAACAGUGAUACGGCAUCGGUAGAAAGUCACAAAUUGAUGCCUCCCGUAUUCGCAAGUCGUGUAAGAGUUCUCCCUUACAGCGUUCACCGUAGAACGGUUUGUCUACGUCUUGAACUCUUAGGCUGCUUCUAUGAAGGUGGAGUUGUAUCCUACGAUGCUCCAGAGGGUUCAGAGCCGACAUUGGGUCUCUGGGAUGGUUCAUACGAUGGAGAGAAAUCCCAGGGCGAGUUACAGAACGGUUUGGGACGUCUAGUGGACGGAGAAACCGGAGCGGAUAACUUCCGUUUAGAUAUCGGAUACGGAAAGGGUAACGGAUGGCUCGGUUGGAAGAAUGACUCGUUCGCGGACGGCUACGUCGAGCUACUGUUUCGAUUCGACGAGGUCCGAAACUUCACGGCGGUCCACUUGUUCACGAACAACUUGUACAGCAGGAACGUGCAGGUUUUUUCCAAGGCGAAAGUUAUGUUCAGCGUUGGUGGUAAAUUUUACAACGGCCACACGUUGUCAUAUACGUACACACCGGACCGUGUUCUCGAUCAUGCAAGAAACGUCUCGAUUAACCUUCACCAUCGGAUCGGACGCCAUGUAAAACUUCGACUAUAUUUUGCCGAUCGAUGGAUUAUGCUUAGCGAAGUCGUUUUUGAAUCAGUGCCUGUGGCUUUCAACGUCAGCGAAGAAGAGACAUUGGAGUCCGAAGAGACCGAGCUGGUGAUGAGCUCCGAUGGCGACAGCUUUAUAGAGUCCUUCGAAACAAUUUCAGCAAGAAAAGAUAGUGAAAGUUACGUAGAAGUAAUUAUCGGAGUUUUAACAGCGAUAAUGCUUCUUCUUCUCAUAGUCUUUGUUAUCAUCCUCUUAAUCAGUCGCCGCCACAAACUUCAAGGUUCGCCGACUCUCCUUCGGAACCCUUUCGGAGUAACGAUAAACAUGAAGGUAAAUCCAAAAGACCUACUAAUGAACCUGUCUUCGGGUAACAAUCCGGCGCCAACCAGUAGCCAUCCGACGCCGGUAAGCGCCGAAGCACCAAGUGAUCCAUCUUCGGUAUCCUUCGAACAGUAUCGAUCACCUCUAGUGAACUCAUAUUUCACGCCUAAUUACGCGACUUUGAGGGUGACGACCAAUGCAACGCCUACGACACCUCCUGAAGAACCGGAACACGACGAUCAACCGCCAGAAGUUCCUCCACUACCUACAUCACCAUCUUUACUUCAUAGCCCAAUAAACGUUUCGUCUCCAUUGCAUUAUAGAAGUUUGCAGAGUACACCAUCGAUUAGUCCAAAAUCAAAGAUUGUUAAUCUUGGAAAUUAUUUUCCUAGAGUUUCAACGGAUCCACCAAAUAGGAAACGUUAUCACACUGCACCUAGAGAAAAACAAAGGAUGCCACCACCGGUCGUCUGUUGGAACAUCGCUCCCAGCAUGGCGCAUAGCUACAGUUGCAGAGAGGCUGAACUGAUCCCAGUUCCACGAUAUUCCCUGAGAUUAGUUGAAAAAUUAGGAACGUGUCACGCUGGAGAUAUUAGUUUAUACGAAACGGAAGGUUUAGAGGAUAUAAUUCCUGAUAUUGGACGUUUGGUGAUGGUGAGGUCACCAAACCCCGAGAGAGCGAAGAACGAUGCCGCAACGGGCUCGAUGGAGUCCCUUCGGGAGGUACGGUUCUUGGCCAGUCUAUCCGACCCAAACGUUUGCGCCGUCCUCGGGGUUUGCACAGCCGAACAACCCCCGUGGACCAUUAUCGAAUAUGGCGAUAUGGGCGACUUGUCGCAGUAUUUGCAGUUUCUAGCUAACAGAAAUUCUGCUGGACGAUCGUCGACAGAAUUACCCCUAAGUAUCGAAACUUUGGUAUUUAUGGCGACCCAAAUAGCAUCAGCAAUGAAAUACCUUGAAUCGAAGAACGUCGUUCACAAAGACCUGGCCGCUAGAAACUGUCUUGUUGGUCGAGGGUAUAUCGUCAAAGUUACCGAUAUAGCUAUGGGUAAACCGUUAUACAGAAAGGACUAUGCAGAAAUUGGUGGAAGACCACCAGCCCCAAUCCGGUGGCUCCCAUGGGAGAGUAUUUUAUUGGACCGGUACACUUGCUCCAGCAGCGUUUGGGCCUUCGCAGUCACGGUUUGGGAGAUUUUCAGCUUUGCGUGCGAACGACCUUUUCAUAAUUUAACCAACGAGAAGGUUAUACAGAAUGCGGAACACAUGUACUAUGGAGGCGAAUUACAGGUCCUCCUCAAUAAACCAACGGUAUGUUCACCCGAAAUUUACGACCUUCUCUGUCAGUGUUGGAAAAGAGAUGACACUUCAAGGCCUACCUUCAAACAAAUAUACAUGUUUUUAAAACAUACAAGCAAAGAUUAUUCACCUUCAGAUUGAUCAACGUUGGUGUAUCAUAUUAAAACUAAAUCCACAUCAGUUCGUAGUGUAAAUAUCGUGAAGUAAAACCAGUUUUUAAUAGAUGUGUUUUUGGUACAAUCACCAACUCUUUAAUUUUAGAAAGAAAAUAAUCGUAAAGACGUAGUGUAUUUUCUAAGUGCUUCCAUAAGGUCCGCUAAUUAAGGUGCCAUCUUGUACAUUUCCUUCUAUGUUAGGUUAGUUAAUUUAAAAAGUUGGAUACUUUGCAUAUAAAUUGUUCAUAUUAAUAUGUAUAGUUUUAGAUAUCAGUAGUUUUAAUAACAUUAAUAAUUGAGGGUUUAAGGUGUACAUAAAGACUGUUAGAGUAAGAAUUAGAUGUAAAUAAUUAAAAUUAACUUGUAUCGCGUGUACAUUUAGCUCAAAUUCAAUGAGCAAUAAUUUAGUAAUUUUAAAUAGAAAUAUUCCAUUUUGUUAUUAUCGAAUGAACUUUUUAACUUUAAGAGUGAUGAUUCAGAAAGAUUUAAUACAUCAAAAUAUGAACUUUGUUUUUUAAAUUCACAUUUAUCAUAUAUACACAAACUCAUUAAACAUCAAAUAAACAAAAAUAAGAUACUCAA